AAUGUUGGUUACACCGUUGAGAGUAGAACUAUUUAAUUGACGUGACACAAAAAUUAGCAAAAAUACUCGUUGUGCCCCAAAAUGUCGAUUGGUAGAGUUUUUACGAUAGCCUGUGUUUAGGAGGGAAUAGCAUAGCAAUUUCAAGUUGGUUAACUUAGGCUACCGCAACAACUGUAAACAAGACAGAUCUUCUCACCUCGCCAUGGCGAAUCUGGAGCAGUGGGUUAAUGACCGUCUCCAUGACAUCCUGGGCUUGAGUGACAAGUACGUUGCCCAGUUCAUGAUAGGCCUCGCACGAAAGUCAGCUGGACCUCAGGACUUUAUCGGUCGCCUUCAGCAAACGGGAACUAUCGACAUUGACCGGAGAGUAACGGCAUUUGCGGAGGAAUUGUACAACAAGGUUCCGAAGAAGCAAGUGGUUGCAAAACCCUCCCGUGCAGUGGAGCAACAGGUGAUAGAAAUGGAGAGAAAGAACAGAACCUACACUCUUCUGGAGGAUAGUGAGAGCGAUGAUGGGGCAACCAGAGAAAAGACGAGAGAGAAAAAAAGCAAAGAGAAGAGCCGAGAUAGGAAGAGGAAGCACCUCAGACAGAAAAGAGAUGAGAGCCCUUCGUCCAGUGAAGAAGAGAUGAAGAAGAGUUCCAGAGGAGCUGUAGAAGAAAGCAAGCGAGCUGUGAAGGAGGAGGAAGAAGAGGAGGAGUGGGAGAGAGAAGAGAGAGAAAGACUACAGGAUCUGCAAGAGAGGGAUGCCUUUGCUGAAAGAGUGAAGCAAAAGGACAAAGACAAGACAAGAAACAUCAUGGAGAGGUCUGAUAAAAAGGCUUAUGAAGAGGCACAGAAGAGACUGAAGAUGGCUGAAGAGGACCAGAAAAAAAUUCUCCCAGAGCUGAGGAAGAAGUCGCGUUGGGAGUACCUGGCCAAGCGGGAGCAGGAAAAGCUGGAGGAUCUUGAGGCUGAGAUCGCUGAUGAGGAGUUCCUCUUCUCCUCCGACAACCUCACCGAGCGGGAGAGGAAAGAUCUGGAAUACAAGCGUCAAAUCCGAGACCUGGCACGGGAUUAUAAGAAAGCCGGAGCUAAGGAGCAGGAGGAAAGGAAAAACAGAUACUACAUGCCUGAGGAAGUCAGGAAUAAGUCUGUCCCUCAGAGGGACAUGGAGAUGGAGUUUGAGGAUGGGCCGCGUGAGGGAGGAGGAGAACAGGGGCGCUGGGAGGAGGCCCGUGUCGCCACGGCCACGCUGCAUUUCGGGGCCAGAGAAGAGAGGGAGCGCCGAAUAAAGGAAGAGAAGGAGAAGUACCAGCUGGUGCUGGAGGAGGAGGAGAUGAUAAACUUUGUGAGCAGUGCCAUUACCAUGAAAGGAACUCUGUCUGAGAAGGAGGAGCAUGACUCCGAGCUGUCUCAGGCGGAGAAACAGAAACUGUCCAUACAGGAAGUGAGGAGGAGUCUUCCCGUCUUCCCCUACAGACAAGACCUACUCGCCGCCAUCCGAGACCACCAGAUCCUGGUCAUCGAGGGAGAGACAGGGUCUGGGAAGACCACUCAGAUCCCUCAGUACCUCCAUGAAGAGGGAUAUACUAAAGGAGGGAUGAAGAUCGGGUGUACUCAGCCUCGCAGGGUGGCUGCCAUGUCCGUAGCAGCCAGAGUAGCGCAGGAAAUGGGCGUCAAACUGGGGAAUGAGGUGGGUUACAGUAUCCGUUUUGAAGACUGUACAUCAGAGCGCACUGUUCUCAAAUACAUGACUGAUGGCAUGCUGCUAAGGGAGUUCCUCACUGAGCCUGACCUGGCCAGCUACAGCGUGAUCAUCAUAGACGAAGCUCAUGAGCGGACGUUGCACACAGACAUCCUCUUUGGGUUGGUCAAAGACAUCGCCCGCUUCCGUCCAGACCUGAAGGUUCUGGUGGCCAGUGCUACCCUGGACACGGAGCGCUUCUCCUGCUUCUUCGAUGACGCGCCCGUCUUCCGCAUACCAGGCCGCAGGUUCCCCGUUGAUAUCUACUACACCAAGGCUCCUGAAGCUGAUUACCUGGAGGCCUGUGUGGUAUCAGUGCUACAGAUCCACGUCACGCAGCCUCCUGGAGACAUUCUUGUCUUCCUCACCGGUCAGGAGGAAAUUGAGGCGUGCUGUGAGCUCCUGCAGGAGAGGUGUCGACGCCUGGGCUCCAAGAUCUCGGAGCUGCUUGUCCUCCCCAUUUAUGCCAACCUGCCGUCUGACAUGCAGGCCAAGAUCUUUAACCCCACACCCCCCGGGGCACGCAAGGUGGUGGUGGCGACAAACAUAGCUGAAACCUCCCUCACUAUCGACGGCAUCAUCUACGUGAUUGAUCCAGGCUUCUGUAAACAGAAGAGUUAUAACGCCCGCACAGGGAUGGAGUCACUCAUAGUCACACCCUGCUCACGAGCCUCAGCCAAUCAGAGGGCAGGACGUGCGGGCCGUGUGGCAGCGGGAAAGUGUUUCAGACUCUACACGGCCUGGGCCUUCAAACACGAGAUGGAGGAGACCACGGUCCCCGAGAUCCAGAGAACCAACCUGGGCAAUGUCGUACUGCUCCUCAAGAGUCUGGGUAUUAAUGACUUGAUCCAUUUUGAUUUUAUGGAUCCUCCUCCUCAUGAAACCCUGGUUCUGGCCCUGGAGCAGCUCUAUGCCCUGGGAGCUCUCAACCACAUGGGAGAACUCACCAAGUUGGGGAGGAGAAUGGCUGAGCUGCCCGUGGACCCCAUGUUGAGCAAAAUGAUCCUGGCGUCUGAACAGUAUAAGUGUUCAGAGGAGGUGCUGACCAUUGCGGCGAUGUUGUCUGUCAAUAACUCCAUCUUCUACCGACCCAAAGAUAAGGUGGUACACGCAGACAAUGCCAGGAUGAACUUCGUCAUCCCGGGAGGAGACCAUCUAGUGCUUCUGAAUGUUUACACACAGUGGGUGGAAAGUGGCUAUUCUACCCAGUGGUGUUUUGAGAACUUUAUCCAGUUCCGGUCCAUGAAGAGGGCGCGGGAUGUUCGGGAACAGUUGGAGGGGCUGAUGGACAGGAUUGAGGUGGAGGUGUGCAGCGCCAAUGGAGACAGCGCCCCCAUCCGCAAGGCCAUCACUGCGGGGUAUUUUUACCACACGGCGCGGCUGAGUAAAGGAGGCUAUAAGACUGUGAAGCACCAGCAGACGGUCUAUGUCCACCCUAACAGCUCUCUGUUUGAGGAGCAGCCACGCUGGCUUAUCUACCACGAACUUGUCUUCACCACCAAGGAGUUUAUGAGACAGGUGAUUGAGAUUGAGAGCAGCUGGUUGCUGGAGGUGGCUCCUCAUUACUAUAAAACCAAAGAGCUGGAGGACAGCAGCAGUAAGAAGAUGCCCCGUAAACAGGGCAAGGCCCGCGAGGAACUGGGCUGAACCAGCAGGCCGCCGAACGAAGGAGAGCGUGUGUCCUGCUGUCUGCAGACCAUGCUUAACCACAGGACCUGAUUCAUGACUCUUUCUUGCAUGUGGGACAAAUACAGAGAAAAAAAGACCUGGAUAAGAAAAUGUGUCUUACUUCGUUUGGCCAGACUGUGUUUCAGAUAUCUUUGGGACGUAUUGAGUGCCUGAAACAUGAAUCUAGGGUAAACAUGAAUGAGUGUUUGUAGAGUCCUUUGCUUUGGCUGUGAGCCCAGUGAAUUCAGUGUCUUUGUGUUAAUGUUGUCAUGCAUCUUGUUUGCUUUAUGCAGAUCA